CAGACAGUGAGUGCUACGCUCUCUUGGGUGGUAAACGAACUUUCUCCGGGAGCGGAAUCUCCCUCCAAGGUUUGGGAUCUGGGCGAGGUAUCGGGAGAGGAGGUGACCAGAGUAAUCUGGAGGAACCUGAAAUCUCUGAGAAUCCAGAAUCCAUCCUGAGAUCCAGUAACUCCUGUGGGAAAUGGUCUUCAGUGAUCUUACAUCCAGAACUGUGCACCUUUAUGAUGAAUGGAUCAAAGAUGCCGAUCCCAGAGUGGGAGAUUGGCCACUCAUGUCCUCUCCUCUGCCACAAGCCCUUAUCCUUGGAGUGUAUAUCUACUUUGUCACUUCUCUGGGACCAAAGCUCAUGGAAAACCGCAAGCCCUUUGACCUCAAGAAAUUGAUGAUUACAUACAAUUUUUUAAUAGUGCUCUUUUCUUUAUAUAUGUGUUAUGAGUUCAUCAUGUCUGGCUGGGGUGUAGGCUAUUCAUACCGGUGUGACAUUGUCGACUAUUCCAGAUCACCUAUAGCCCUAAGGAUGGCAUGGACCUGCUGGCUUUAUUACUUCUCCAAGUUCAUUGAACUAUUAGACACUAUCUUUUUUGUUCUGCGUAAGAAAAAUAGCCAAGUUACUUUCCUGCAUGUCUUCCAUCACACCAUCAUGCCAUGGACCUGGUGGUUUGGAGUCAAAUUUGCUGCAGGUGGUUUGGGAACAUUCCAUGCCUUGUUGAAUACAGCUGUUCAUGUAGUCAUGUACACCUACUAUGGAUUGUGUGCACUGGGACCAGCCUACCAGAAAUAUUUGUGGUGGAAAAAACACUUGACAACACUACAGCUUGUUCAAUUUGUUAUGGUGACAGUGCACAUAGGACAAUCCUUCCUUGUAAAGGAUUGCAAAUACCAGUUUCCAGUAUUCCAGUACAUCAUUAUGUGCUAUGGGUGUAUCUUCCUGAUACUGUUUGCCCACUUUUGGUAUCGUGCUUAUACCAAGGGCCAAAGGCUGCCUAAAACUGUGAAAAAUGGAGUCUGCAAAAGCAAGAAUAACUGAAAUCUCAUGUUGACACAGAUAUUUCAGACUGUUACACUAUACUCCUAGACAAUCAGGACAUAUUUAGAUUUGCAGUACGUUUUGUAUGUUUUUCUUCAAAACCAAGAGCUUGUAUUUUUAUGAUAAGUUAUUUGGGUUUCUGAUAUUUGAGAGGGCGGGUAAUAUGCAGAUUAGAAACUAAUCUUGAAGUUUUUUGACAUUUUCAACUGCUAUACAAAAUCUAAAGGUCUUGCUCGACGCCUUUCAUUAUGAUGACACAAAGCAAUUGAGGUAGAAAACUCUUCAAAGAAGUCCAACAUGCAUGACAAAUAUUAAGUAUUUUGAGCACUGAGAAGAGUGUAAACAG